UAUCUCUGAGGGUUUUGGAGUGUAUCAUGGUGUUUUCCUGGCAAGGAGGCCCAAGACAGCGGCAACUACUGCUCUGGCUUCUGAUCCUCGCAGCCUGGGAGAGGGGUAGUGGCCAGCUCCACUACUCCGUCCCCGAGGAAGCAAAACACGGCACCUUCGUGGGGCGCAUCGCUCAGGACCUGGGGCUGGAGCUGGCAGAGCUGGUGCCGCGCCUGUUCCGGGUGGCGUCCAAAACACACGGGGACCUUCUGGAGGUAAAUCUGCAGAAUGGCAUUUUGUUUGUGAAUUCUCGGAUCGACCGCGAGGAGCUGUGCGGGCGGAGCGCGGAGUGCAGCAUCCACCUGGAGGUGAUCGUGGACAGGCCGCUACAGGUUUUCCAUGUGGAGGUGAAGGUGAGGGACAUUAACGACAACCCGCCCGUAUUUCCUGAAAGCAAGAAACGAAUAACCAUUGCAGAAUCUAGACCUCCAGAAACUCGAUUUCCACUAGAUGGCGCAUCCGAUGCAGAUAUUGGAGUAAACUCGGCAUUGACCUACCGACUGUAUCCCAACGAUUAUUUCGCUUUGGACACACAAAAUAGUCGUGAGCAAAUGUCUUCAUUAUCACUUAUACUGAGGAAAACACUGGACAGAGAGGAAAUUCAGGAACAUACUUUAUUACUGACAGCCAGUGAUGGAGGUAAACCCGAACUGACUGGCACAGUUCAACUGCUCAUCACGAUUCUGGACGUGAAUGAUAACGCCCCGGAAUUUUACCAAUCCGUUUAUAAAGUGACGAUGUUAGAGAACGCAUUCAAUGGAACAUUAGUGAUCAAACUAAAUGCCACAGAUCCUGAUGAUGGUACAAAUGGAGAUAUAGUUUACUCAUUUAGAAGGCCUGUAUCGCCUGCAGUGGUAUAUGCAUUUACCAUAAAUCCCAACAACGGAGAAAUUAGGACAAAAGGCAAACUAGAUUUCGAAGAAAAGAAAUUGUAUGAAAUAUCUGUGGAGGCAAUUGACAAAGGAAAUAUUCCAAUGGCGGGUCAUUGUACCCUUUUGGUGGAAGUACUAGAUGUAAAUGAUAACGCCCCAGAGGUUACCAUCACUUCUUUGUCACUCCCCAUCAGAGAAGACACUCAGCCUAGCGCCAUCAUUGCCCUCAUCAGUGUGUCCGAUCGUGACUCUGGCUCAAACGGACAGGUCACCUGCACCCUGACGCCGCACGUCCCCUUCAAGCUGGUGUCCACCUACAAGAAUUACUACUCAUUGGUGUUGGACAGCGCCCUGGACCGAGAGAGCGUGUCAGCCUAUGAACUGGUGGUGACCGCGCGGGAUGGGGGCUCGCCUUCGCUGUGGGCCACGGCCAGCGUGUCCGUGGGAGUGGCCGACGUGAACGACAACGCGCCGGCGUUCGCGCAGUCCGAGUACACGGUGUUUGUGAAAGAGAACAACCCACCGGGCUGCCACAUCUUCACGGUGUCUGCGCGGGACGCGGACGCGCAGGAGAACGCGCUGGUGUCCUAUUCGCUGGUGGAGCGGCGGGUGGGCGAGCGUGCGCUGUCGAGCUACGUGUCGGUGCACGCGGAGAGCGGCAAGGUGUACGUGCUGCAGCCGCUGGACCACGAGGAACUGGAGCUGCUGCAGUUCCAGGUGAGCGCGCUCGAUGCGGGCGUGCCGCCUCUGGGCAGCAACGUGACGCUGCAGGUGUUCGUGCUGGAUGAGAACGACAACGCGCCUGCUCUACUGACGCCCGGAGCUGGCAGCGCUGGAGGCACAGUGAGCGAGCUGGUGCCGCGGUCGGUGGGUGCAGGCCACGUGGUGGCGAAGGUGCGCGCAGUGGACGCCGAUUCCGGCUACAAUGCCUGGCUUUCGUAUGAAUUGCAACCGGCGGCGGUCGGCUCGCGCAUCCCGUUCCGUGUGGGGCUGUACACUGGCGAGAUCAGCACAACACGCACUCUGGACGAGGUGGACGCCCGGCGCCACCGCCUUCUGGUGCUGGUGAAGGACCACGGUGAGCCCGCGCUGACGGCCACGGCAACGGUGCUAUUGUCGUUGGUGGAGAGCGGCCAACAGCCAAAGGCGUCGUCGAGGGCGUCCGCAGGCGCUGUGGGUCAGGAAGCGGCGCUGGUGGAUGUCAACGUGUACCUGAUCAUUGCCAUCUGCGCAGUGUCCAGCCUGUUGGUCCUCACGCUGCUACUGUAUACUGCGCUGCGGUGCGCGUCGCCGCACACCGAGGGCGCGUGCGCCCUGGGCAAGCCCACUCUAGUGUGCUCUAGCGCGGUAGGGAGUUGGUCGUACUCGCAGCAGAGGCAGCAGAGGGUGUGCUCUGGGGAGGGCCCACCUAAGACGGACCUCAUGGCCUUCAGUCCCAGUCUUCCUCCUUGUCUGGGUUCUGCAGAGGGAACAGGCCAGAGGGAGGACUCAGAAUGCUUGAAAGAGAUCGUCAAGGACCGUUUGCAAAGCACUCCCAAAUAGAGCCUCUUGGAGAAGGAGAAACUGCUCUCACGCAAAACAGCCUUGAGCUCGCUGACUCCGCCGCCUCGAAAAACCAGAGUCCGGAGGCAGUUUGAUGCAGACACUAUUCCCCAACCUUCCCCUCCUUGUCGUCUCUAUUGCACUCUUGGCGGCUCCUGCGAUACAAGAGGGUGCAGGACAGACUUCAACCCGCAGCAGGACCCAGCGCGGAAAGCUCCGCAGCAGGAUCCAACGCAGAAAGCCCCGCAGCACUUGUUUUGGGGGGCUCCUGUUUCCUUAAGCCUAGAAGGUGUGGUCGCUCACGUUCACGGUUCCGCCUCUCGCCCGGCAGCUCCACGCGGAGUCCCGCCCUCUCCGCGGGAGAGGUGCGCAGGGAUCAGAGCGUCCAGCUCCGACGCGCGGCUCCCAAAGGGUGGCAGGAGGAGCCCAGCGGGGCUCAGCCUCAGUUACCAGCAGUCUGCAGGCAGAGGUUGUGGAGAUUAAGAUCCAGGCAGCCUCAGGGCGUUGUCCUAGAAAUCACCGUUUAAGCAGAGACGAGUUAGUGUCUCGGGGCGUCUCCCAGGCUCCGCCCUGCGCCCGCGGCCAGCGCUGUGGGCGAGACCCCAGCCGGCUGCUACUGGAGACGUGGGCACCUCUCGCGCCUGGGCGGGCAGCCUCGUCUCUGCACCCCUAGGCGGCGCUGCGCUCCUCAACACUCGGCCGGUUCCGCUUUCCCAGACGGCUACCCAGCCUCCAGCCUAGCAAGCCCUGCUCCCAGCUGGCCAGCCCCGGCAAUGCCGGCGUUCGGCAACGGCAAC